AUGUCAUCAAAUAGGAAAGGGAAGCAGAUGGGCUCACAAGAAGCCAGACAGAAAAGGGAGUCUGAGAAAGGAGGAGCCACCGAGCCAGUCCAGCGGGAGACCCCGAAAAUCCUACAAGAAGAGCGGGGGGCAGACAAGAACAGAAGCCUGGAGCUGAGAAAAGGCCUAGAGAAGAAAGGCCUUAAAGACGACAGCGAGCGGCGUCGGGCGGGAGGACAGGGGGCGGGGAGGCAGGGGGUCGCGCGUGGGGAGCCCCGCGACAGGAAGGAACCUGGAGGGAAGGUUCCGGGCGGGCGCGGAGGGCGGGGCGGGCGCCGGUCGCGAGGGGGCACCUGGCGGCCCCGCAGGCGCGGGGACGCACAGCCGGGCGCCGGCGGCAGCCAGAGCCAGCCCGGAUCCUCGUCACUGGCCCCGCAGCCACCGCCCCGGCCCGCCGCGCGUGCGCACCACGGCCCCGGGGAAUUCCGAGCGCGGGGGCGGGGAGCCCAGGACGACGGCGCAGGCGCGAGGAGCACGCCGGCCGCCCCCCUCCCCCGCUACGACCCGCGCGCAGGCGCAGUGGCCCCUGCCCCGCCACACCCUGUCGUCGCUCGCGCGCCGCGUCCGUUGGGGCGACCGCCGCCAAGGCCUCGGGGCCCGCGGGGCCUAAGGCCAACAAGGAAACGCCGUCUCCGCCCGCCCGGCCGCCCGCCGCCGCCACUUCACACACCCACCUCGGCCGUACGUCCCCGGGACUCGUCAGCGGCGGCUCCAAGCGACAGCAACACGGCCUCACGACCGCUCCCUACCCGGCUGGCUCUUCGUUUCCUUGGGCUUCAACGUCCGCACCGCGGCGUCUUGACGUCAUGCAGAGGCCUCGCCCCGCCUCCUUCGACCCCCCCUCCCCGGGCAGCCAAUAGGCGCCACGAGCUCGAUCUUCAGGCCCACACAUCGAAGGCUUCCUUGAACAUUCCCUUCAGUGCACAAGAUGGAAAUGAUUCGCAAACCUGGAGGCUUGCCCCACACUGGACACCUGACAUCUGGCACUCUGGGCCAACAAGCCCUGACCAGAAACCCCUGGGGCUGUUUAUGUGUUUUGGGAUUCAGGAUUUUUCAGACUUUCAAAAGCGAACAUGGUAUAUUUUCCACAGAGGACACCUUACCCUCAGUACCCUAUCCAGCACUUGGAAGUAACCCCGUCAGUGUUUCUGCAGACAAAUAGAUGGACAUUCGUACCAGGCAGGGAGACGGUCUGUAAGUAACCUCAUGCCAGGUCAGCCUUUGCUGCCCAGUGAGUUCGGAAAAGACUUUUGGUCUAACAGAACUCUUUGGAUUUUGGAAUCACAGAGGAGGAACUGGGGAGCUGACUCGGACACCCACCUGAUGGAUGAGGCAGGUGAAGUCCAGCAAGUCCAGUGACGACCCAUGUCCAUCUGGUGGUCAGGAGCAGGCCUGGGCCCUUAGCGACAGCCUCCGCCGCAUUUGUCCACUCUGCUGCCACUGUCUGUCACACCUGCCUCAGAUCUCUCCUCUCCCAGGCUCUCUCCUAAGCUUCCAAAUCCAGGAGCUGUCACAUUCUGGAGAGCCCUGCUGUACAAUGAUUUACUGGACUCGUCCUCUUUCUGCGGACUCUAGUUUCCAGAGUUUAGCCAAAGUAUCGUUGCAGCAACAGCCCCUAAAAUACAUCUUAUGUGCCUCUGCCUUAUUUCCAUAAAUUGAUUUCCAAAAGUAGGACUGUCGGGUCAAAGGGUCUAUCACAUGUGAGCAGAUUAUUGUUUUCUAUUUUUUUAAUAGUUUUAUUUAUUUAUUUAUUGGCUGCGUUGGGUCUUUAUGGCUGCG